AUGCUAAAACGUAAGGAAAGCCUCCCCGGCGAUGCAGCGAUAGAACAAGUAAACGAAGCGUCUCACCCACCGCCCGCGCUCGAUUUGAACGAGUUCAUCGCCGCCUUCCAGUCCUAUCUGCUGCUCCAGUUUCCGCCCGCCUUUUUCGUCUCUAUGGUGUUCGUCGUCGGCUCCGUCGGGCUGUACGCGUUCUGGGGCUGGCUGGACGCGGCACACGGGACGAUCCUUGCCUGGGCCCAACGGCUGCUCUGUGUCUUCCUACAGCUCCAAAUCGCCGUCAAUGUCUGGGCAAUUCAGUCGCAGUCAUUCAAAGACGAUCCCGCCUAUCAGAUGAGGCGGUUGCCCGAUCUACCGCCGAUUCCCCUGCGAGAAUGCGGCAGUUGCAAAAGCUCAUUUCCGAUCCGCAGUUGUCACUGCCGUUUUUGUGGAAGGUGCACACUUCGUGCAGAGCGCCACCAACCUCUACUGGGGACCUGCGUCGGGGUGGCCACGUUGCGCUACCAAAUCGCCCUGUCCAUCCACCUCCUACUGCUCGGGCUCCUCUGCUCCUAUUGGGCAAUCCGCUACUGCUGGGACGACAUCUUCUACCUAGUUCCCGGCUCCCCCGAGUCGCUCACCGAGAUGUUCAUCGCCAUUCUCCACCUCAUGUGCCGAAUUGCAUCGAGCCCGAUCUCAACGGUGCGCCACGUCGUCACCUGGGUCUUUGUCACCCAUCUAAAUGAGUAUUUGGCCUUGAAAGCCCUGGUAUUGUCACUGAUUGGGUUGGCGAUUGGUGCCCUGGUAACGCUCGAGCAUGUCUACUUGCUCUAUCACGGUAUUGCGGCUAGUGAGAGGGCGCUACUGGCGUUUUGGAUCAAGGGAGACGACGAAAAAACGACAUUUGCUGAAAGGACCAAUUUCUUCCUGGGGUCCAACUUCCUUGCGGGAAUGCUUUGGCCACGCUUCUCGGAAGACGUCGAAUGGAAAGAGCCGUUUAUUGAAACAAUCGUCACUGCUCCGCUUCUCCAAAACCCGAAGAGCCGCAGUGAU